ACAUGAAAGAUGCUCUUCGAGAGAAGAGUUUUGCUCUAGAAGGUGCACAGAGAGACCUGAUGGAAGCACAGUUUGAAAAGCAGAACAUUCAACUGAAGUAUCAAAGUGAACAAAGAACAGUGAGUAUGUACAUUGUAAAGCAGGAGUCUUUAGAGCAGAGACUGUCCGGACUGCAAUGUAAAACUAUGUCACUUCAACAACAGCUGGAUGAUGUUCACAAGGAUUCUGCAGAUAAAGAGAAGGCAAAACACAGCAGAGACAGCCCGUGUGCUGCAGUGGUGAAGGCUCUUGAAGUAGGGCAUGAAAGGUACAGUCUGCUUUUGGAAGAGGAAAACAAGAAGUUGCUUGAUGAAUGCAAUCACUUAAAAGAAAGGCAGUACCAAUAUAAAAAAGAGAAAGUGAAAAGAGAAGCAGUUUUGAGACAACUUCGCCAAGAACUGUAUGAUACCAUGCAAAAACUAUCCAGAUCGGAGACGUUACUAGAAACUACAUCACGUUGUCACAUUCAUUUAGAAGAUGAGACCCAACAUUCAAUGAGAAAAAUAAGUCAGAUGACAAACCAAUUUCAAGAAGUAGAGGAUCAACUCAAAGAGGAAGGACACCGUGCCGAGAAGAUGCUAGACCAAUGGAAAAAGAUCAAAAUGGCAAAUUCCAAAUUAAAACUUACUGUCAAAGACCAAGCCGAAAAACUCAACCAGUAUGAGAAAGACUUGUCAAGUGCAAGUUUCGUGCAGAAAUCUCUGGAAGAUCAGUUAGCAGAGACUAUAAAAUGUAAAAGGAUGAUGGAAGACCGCAUGCAAAGCCUUGAAAAAGAAAAUUCAAAAAUGAAAGUAAACUUUGGAAAGGCACUGGACUGCAUUGAGAAGUACGUGUCAUCUGCAAGUUCAACUGGAGCAUCAUCUCAAGGAAAAUUAGAGCAUAUUGUUUCAGCAGGAGCUCAGAUGAAAUCCUGUAUUGCAUAUCUGGAAUCUGAAAUCUCUGUAACAGAAACUUCUCGAGAAGAAAUCAAUGAAACCACAUUUCGGAAAUAUAAGCAACUCUAUCUAAAAGAAUUGAAAAUUAGAAAAUUGUCAUACAAAAAACUAAGAGAAAUUCAUCAGAAUCUAACAGAAGACACUGCUGAUUUGCUUGAUGAAAAAAAGAGUAACAGAUCUUGAUGUAUCACUCUUGCCAUAAGCUGCUUCUGAAUAUGCAUCUGGAUUCGACAUAUCUUCUCCUUUAAUCAUAUGAUGUGUUAAAUGUAAACCAAGUUCUAGUUGGAAAAGCACAUGAGAAUAUAUACAAAUUUUACAGAAAAAAGUUCCAUAAUCAGAAAGAUAAUAAAAUGUUCUUACUGGGCUGUUUAAAUGGUGUACUGUUUUUCAUUCAAUGUAUCACAUGGGAGAAUCUUUGCGAAAAGAAAAUAAUUUAUACCAUAUCUUUA